AUGUCUGACGGCUGUAGAUCCAUUGACGACAUAAGGACGCUGCUCCAGUCCGCCACAGACCUGGACCGUCAGGAGAGGAUGAAGUUCUACAAUGGUUGGGCUCAGUCGUAUGAGCAGGACUCAGAGCUGAUGAACUACAGAGCUCCUAACCGGGUGGUCAGUUUCCUCCACGCUAACUUCCCCCAUAGCCGUGAGGACCUUCAGGUCUUGGAUGUGGCCUGUGGAUCUGGACUGGCUGCUAAACUGAUGAGUGAAGUGGGCUUCAGGAACUUUGUGGGAGUGGACGGCAGUAAAGGCAUGCUGGAGCUAGCAGAGAAGACCGGACUCUACCAGGACCUCAGACUGGCCUUACUGGGAACAGAACCACUGCCUGCAGACACUGACUCUUUUGAUUUGGUGGUGAUCAUCGGUGCUCUACGGGACGGCUUUGUCCCCGUCAACGUCAUCAGGGAGCUCUGCCAGGUCACCAAACCAGGCGGCCAUGUUUGCAUGUCAAGGGUGAACCCAAAGUCAGCAUCUGGCGAGAGAUACAAGCAGUGCAUGGAGCAAGAGCUGCAGCUGAUGGUGGAGGAGGGCCUGUGGAGUCCUGUUGCUACCGGGGAGAUAAGCAGAUACAUGAUGGAUGUUUAUAGUAACCAUGACAACCAGGAGAAUGACCAGUACCUCACUGGGAACAUCUAUCUCUACAGGAAAUCUUUGUAUUAG